AUGAACAUCCACUUCGACUCGAACAGCGUCCACAACUCGAACGUGUACGAUGGCGCGUCAAACAAGUUCCUGUUCAAUCUUGACACGCCCAUCUCCCUCGGAUCGGGCACCACAACCAUCACUAACGUCGACAGGGACGUUGUCGCGGUCUGGGACCGAAGGGCCUUCGGCCGAGACAAGGUGACCAUCCGAGGAGAGGAGAGGUACAUGGUCGACUGGAUGGAUACGCCAAACAUCUUCGGCAGCUCGCGCAGGUUCACCGCUCCCGAUGGGAAGUCGUACACCUGGAAGACGCGUGAGGCUGCUUCUUCGCUCAAGCUCGUCGACGAUCGGUCUGGCCGGACAGUCGCGAAGGCACACAAUGCCCACCACGUCUUCGGCCCGCGCGCGAUGAGCAUCGACUUCGACCCGUCGCUGGCGCAGAUCCUUGACGCGCUUGUGCUGUCGUUCGUGAUCUGCGAGCACAAGCGGCGGGCUCGUGGUCGCUCUCGUGGGGACGGCGGGGCGAUGGCGGGAACGGGAGCGGCGGGCGGUGGAGCGAUGUAG